UCAAAGUAACCUUCAGAGGAGCUUGUGCAACGUUACUAAAAGCCCUAGCAAGAACAACAACAACAACAAGAACAGUGACCACGGUAGCACCAGCACCAGCUCCAGCUCCAGCAACAACAAAUUCAAAAGCAAUAGAAAUGCGUCUCGACACGAACUCAAAUGUGGACUUUAAGGCGUUCGAAUCCAGCUCAUGUUUAAUCAAAUUGGAUAAUCUAGCUACCUGGGGUGGCUCACAGAAAACGGACACACGACUGCCCAUCACGGACUACUCAACGCUUGGCGGCCCCAGGCACAAUUGCAGUCCAUUUCCAUUAUCCAAAGAUGUGAACAAUCGCUUGGUGAUUUGGGAUGGCGACAUGACCACAUUGGAUGUGGACGCCAUUACCAAUACCAGCGAUGAAACAUUGACUGAAAGCAAUAGCAUAUCGGAGCGCAUCCUGGCCGUGGCAGGCAAUCAGCUCAAAGAGGAGCUAAGCACAACAAUAAAAGAAUGCCGCACUGGCGAUGUACGCGUCACGCGCGGCUAUAACCUGCCCGCCAAGUAUGUCCUGCACACCGUUGCCCCCGCCUACAAGGAGAAGUUCAAGACGGCCGCUGAGAAUACGCUGCACUGCUGUUACAGAAACGUGCUGUGCAAGGCCAAAGAGUUGAAUUUGCGCACAAUUGCCGUUUGCAAUGUAAGCGGAAAUCAGCGCAGUUUUCCGGCCGAUGUGGCCGCACACAUUGCGUUGCGCACCAUACGACGGUUUUUGGACAAGUUUACGCUGCAGGUUGUGAUAUUGUGCGUGAGUCCUCACGAUCGCGGCACCUACGAGGUGCUGGCGCCCCUCUACUUUCCACGCGAUCAACUGGAGGAGCGCAGUGCCAUGUGGCAACUGCCCAAGGACAUUGGUGGCGAGUUUGGAGAGCCACAGCAUCCGGAUCGUCAAAUUCGCAUUAUUCGCAAUCCACAACACAGCGUCCAUAUGCGUCACCAACAAACCGACGACGAUUCCGACGCCAGUCCGCACGAUAUGGAAGGCAAUAGCUCCGAUCUGGAGGGCGGCACCACCAACAUGAAUGGCCUCAGCUUGAACUCGUACAGCAGCGGGCUGCAGACACAGCUCCAGCGUGAUCUGGACAGACAGCACUUGCUAAGCGACAGACCACGCGCCGGCAUUUAUGAAAACGUCAUCUCGGAGGGCAUCGAGGGCAUGGAACACCAAGAGAGAUACGAACGUCUUUUGCGACGCGCACAAGUUGAGGACCUCACCGAGGUGUCGGGCAUUGGUUGUCUCUAUCAGAGUGGCGUUGAUCGCUUAGGCCGACCUGUGAUUGUUUUCUGCGGCAAAUGGUUUCCAGCACAGAAUCUUGAUUUAGAGAAGGCGCUAUUAUAUCUGAUAAAACUCUUAGAUCCCAUCGUGAAAGGAGACUAUGUAAUUGCAUACUUCCAUACCCUAACGUCGACAAGCAAUUAUCCAUCGUUGCAUUGGCUGCGUGAGGUCUACAGCGUAUUGCCAUACAAAUACAAGAAGAAUCUGAAGGCCUUCUAUAUUGUGCACCCCACAUUCUGGACUAAGAUGAUGACCUGGUGGUUCACCACCUUCAUGGCACCCGCCAUUAAGGCCAAAGUUCACUCAUUGCCUGGCGUGGAGCAUUUGUAUUCGGCCAUUACAAAAGAUCAGCUGGAGAUACCCGCCUAUAUAACAGAAUACGAUAUGGCGACCAAUGGCCUACAUUAUUUUAAUCCAGUGCCGACUGCUUCGUAGAUAGCGGCCAUUGUUGCUGUCUAGACAGUGAAACCACCAUAGCUAUAUAUACAUAAAAGAUAUACACAUAUAUAUAUAUACAUAUAUACACACACCCGUACUUAUAAUGCGAUUUUUUAUAGAUUUUAUAGUACCUUGUUUUUGACCUAAGAAAUUUGUUUGUUUACCUGCAUGUGGUUGGCAUAUGCGUUGUAAUAUCAAAAGUACCUUUGGCAUGUGCGCAUGUUUUGUUAAAAUUGUGUAGCAUACUUUAGGGAUGCAUAGAAAUUGUUGACAGGGCCGCGUCUGCGUCUGCUCCUACGCCUACGCCUACGCCUACUCCGACGCCGACGCCAACGCCUACGCCCGCACCUGCUGGACAAGCGCCCUUGUUUUCAGUUUUGGAUGGGAUCGGGGCUAUGUUUGUUAUAUCCAAAUAAUACUAUGUAGUUAAUGGCAGGCUUAGACAACAUUUGUAGAACAAAUCCAAAACAUUAGGAGCAUGUUAGCUUAAUGAAUAACAUGAAGAUGAACAAGUAAAUGAAAAUGAAAAGGAAACAAAAUGUAAAAAAUUCUUAUGAGAAGCAUGAAAUUAGUUAAUUAGUUGGCAAGCAGCUACAAAAUUGAAAAUUGAAUUAUAGCAGAGACUUCGGAUUGAAGCUCUAAAAAUUGUUCCUUGGCAAAAAUCUCUGUAAGCAGCAACACAAGCACGCGAAUCCCAAGCUGGAGAGGAAAACAAUGGCAAGUCAAAAAACACAGCAUGCUGAAGAAAAUAAAAUUAUUUAUAUUAUAUACAAGAGAAGAGUAAAAAAUACAGAAAUGAUUGUUGUAGUUAUCUUUGCAAUUUAAAAUUGUAUUAUUACAGCGUGUUAAUAUUAGUACUCGAAACCAUAAACAAUUAUAUACACACGCAAGUAUGUACAUAUGUAUCUGAUGCAUCAGUCGAGAACAAUUCCACGAGGAUGAGCAGAAGGCGUACAGUAAAUGCAAGCAUACGUACUAUAAAUUCAAUUGUAUUUAUAUAUAAAUUUAAUAUACAUAUAUAACUUGAUAAAUUCAACAAAUAUAUACAUAGUUAUGUAUACAUAUAUAAAAACAAAUAAAAUUAACAAAAAGAAA